AUAAAUUUACUUCAUGAAAUUAUUGACACAAACCGUUCCCCUGAUGAAGAUAACGUCUAAAACCCUAGUGCCCAUAUCAACUUCUCUUCUUCAAGCCUAUAUUUGAGCAAAAACUGUUCGCGGAGAGAUCAGAUUCUUCUUCUUCUUCUUCUUCUUCUUCUUCUUCUUCCGGGAGAGUUCGUUUUGGAUUGAGUCCUGAUCUGGUCUCAUUGCUGGGGAGAGACAAGGGGCUGAGCUGGUCCUCCUCUUCAUCGUCUGCCUUUUCACAGUCUAGACACCCUUCAACGCAUACAUCCCUAUCAGUCUGCAGAACAUGGGUAGGAAGAAGAAAUUCAUCGACAAGAAGAAAUCCGCAACAUUUCAGCUCCUUGCCCGCGACUCUUCGGACCCCAAUUACGACGCCGGACCGGCCAGCGACCGGAUCUUCGUCAGGGUAGACAACAACCCUUACGCAGUCGACUCUUUCGACGAUGAAAACACCGACAAUGUCUCAGGCCAUGGCGCCGACGACCCUAGUUCGAUAUUCGCUGACGCAUCCGACGACAAAGACGAAGACGGAGAUUGGGCCUUUGGAGAGCCAAGUCAAUCGGUGCCACGAAAUGGGGUGCCGCGGCCGGGUUUGCCGGAUCAUGUGCGGAGGGAAAUUUUGGAGUUAGGGUUUCCAGAUGAUGGGUAUAACUACUUAGUUCACAUGAGAGAGAUCAAGAAUACUGGAGGUGGUUCAGCUUUUUAUCAUAACAGCAAGGCGAAGCUGGAUCAGCUUCCGCAUGAUGUUAAGGCAUACGAUGCUUCUAGAGUACAUAUUAGGGAAGUGAAUGAUGAACCAGUUGAUAAGUCAAUUUACAAUGUUGCUGCAAAAACUGUUGGUGUGAGAGUCCAGAAAGCAGCUGAUCCUGAGGUGGCUGCGUUGCUGGAUGAUAGUGAUUUGUCACGGUUUGGCUCUGAUUUUGAGGAAUUGGAAGAGGAUUUUCUCAUCCAGGCAAAUCUUCCUGAUGAAGGGGAAGAUGUGGUUAUAGAUAAGAAGUUGAAUUUGGUUGAGAAACCUGAGGUCUUGAAAGAGGAAAACAAUGAAGCUGAUGACCAUCCGAGCAAUCUGGUUGAAAGCAGUGGAUAUGACAUUUCAGAAUCAGUAGAUGCGUGCGAUGAGAAGACCAGAGUUCGGAACCUUUUGGAUGAGCAGUUUGAUUUGCUAGUACUGAAUGAAUAUGGCACGGAUAGUGAGGAUGAUUAUGGUGGUUCGCUAGCUGAAGAACAUGCAUCCCUUGCACAGAAGCUCAGUGAUACCCUCAAGGACCAUGUGAUGGAUGACUUGGAACUUGAAGACAAAUAUAAAUCUCCUGCAGAUGUAUUGCGUUGCAAUGGGAAGCUAGAAAAUACAGAAUUACUGGACUCUGCUGCUGAUGUGAUUAAACGAUGUGCUGAAUAUGCUGAAAGGUAUGAAAUUGAAGAUGAAGAUGAAGAUAAAAGCAUGGUGUUUCUACAGGAAAGUAGCAGUGAAUCAGAAGAUUGGGACUGUGAGACCAUCAUAUCUACAUAUUCAAAUCUUGAUAACCACCCUGGGAAAAUCGAUGCUCCAGAAAUAACCAGAAAGAAGAAGCUGGCUGAAACUUUUUCUAAAGCUUUGAGUACCACCAUUCCUGUGAUAACCCUUCGAGGAAAAGAGAAGCUUCCUGUAGACUUCUUGCCUGGUGCUAGAAAAGCUACUAAAGAGAAGGUGAAAGGUCUCAAUAGCUUGAGUACUGAGCCUCUGAAAGGGAGACAAAAUGGACAGGAGACAAAGGAGGAAAAGAAAGAGCGGAAGGCCGCCGUGAAGGAGGAACGACGUGAGGCACGGCGUAUGAAAAAGGAAAUGAAGGGUCUGUACAGGUUCGAAGCCAAGCGUGCUCAGAAAGCUGCUGCUGUAUCUGCUCCAUCUUCCAUUCAUCUUAUGUAAGAAUUUUUAGCUAUAGCAACUUUGUGUGAUUGGAACUGAUGUAUCAAUUAAGAUUAGAUGGCUUCCCUUCGUUCUUUCAUUUUUAUUUUUUAUUUUAUUUCACGUUUUUCCCCUUUUAAUAAUAUAUUCAUGGUGGUAAUUUUUUAAUCUAUGUUUUUAGGAACUUGUAACUGAAAACUUAAAAUAAUUAUGCCAUGUUUGGCAUGUAGGAUUGGAAUGCCCAUUCCAUUAUUUUAA